UUUACCAGCGUUAUGGCUCUAUGCGUGUAAUUUAUUAACAUGGCCCACCCCAUAUCCGCCUCCGAAAAGAAAACCUCACAGCAGUCGUGUUGCAGUGGAGUUUGCCCUCACACAACAUUCGUUCCCUUCAAGAUGGCUAGCACUACUUCACGGAAGAUGGGACGAGAAUUGGUGCUUCUUGGAGUUUACUUAGGGUUUAUCAUGCUACAAUGUCAUAUCCUUACCUGUAGCUCUGCGCCCGUCAACAGCACAGAAGGCAGCAGAUCUACCACUGCAAAUGUGCCAUCAUCAAAUCAGAGUGAUGAGACAAAACAGAACGGUUCCUCAAAUGGCCAGUCGGGUGUAGUGUCUCCUCCUGAAAGUGCUAGCCAGGCCCAGUCACCUUCUGUUGGCUCGAUCCCAGCAAAGCCAGAGUCAGACUCGGCCCCAGCAAAGCCAGAGUCAGACUCGGCCCCAGCAAAGCCAGAGUCAGACUCGGCCCCAGCAAAGCCAGAGUCAGACUCGGCCCCAGCAAAGCCAGAGUCAGACUCGGCCCCAGCAAAGCCAAAGAAUGUGUCUUCAGAGACUCCAGAUACUACGCCUAAAGGGUCUAAUGACGGUAGUGUUCCAGGCGCCCAGCCACAGUCCACAGCGCCUUCAGCCACCGACACCACAAUUGUGAGUCCUACCAAAACCGCUACCAAAAUUAACGGCAGUGCCACCAGCACUAUGGCUGCACCUCCAUCCAAAUCCUCUGCGUCUCCCACCGUGCCCACCAGCACUGACGUGAACGUCCCACCGAAGCGCACAAACAUCCCACAGUCUAAAGCCACCAGCAGCCCACGACUGGAGGCGGCGGAGGACGAAGACGACGAGGAAGAGGACUACAAAGGGGAGUACGUAGAUGACCCCACGCCGGACACCCGCGGCGGUGUAGAGGACAAUGGAACGGAUGAGGAAAUUACUUUGGGGGAUGAUGACCAAGACAAUGAUAUAACCAACCUGGACGCUGAUGAUGAUGAUGAUGGUGAUGAAUACGAUAAAAUGAUGCCAAAGCUACCAACCAUCCCAAAGAAGUUUGGUGAGCAGGAUGCCACCAUUUACACAAACCCGGAUGAGGACACGCAUUUCUUUGUUCACCUGGUCAUAAUUGCCUUCUUGGUGGCCAUUGUGUACAUUACCUAUCAUAACAAGCGAAAGAUAUUCCUGCUUGCCUCGAGCCGUCGCUGGAAGGACGGCCUGUGCUCUCGCGGUGGCGUCGAGUAUCGGCGACUCGACCAGAACGUCAAUGAAGCCAUGCCCUCGCUGAAGAUGACCAAUGAUUACAUCUUUUAGAGCCUGUGGCCUUCAGAGGACAAAGACACGUUGGGUUUAGAGAGUUUUGGUGGUAGGGUUUUUUUCUCUAUCCCUUUCUGUUUUCACUUUUACAGUGGAGCCCCAGGGUUUCACAUUGUUUUUUGGGUUUGUUUUUUCUUUUGGAGAAACUAUCUCUUUCUGGCUCUUUUUGGAAUAUGUUUCAUCCCGUCUGUCUUAAAGGUUUUAUUGCACAGUUGAGUGUUUGGUGGGUAAUUGGCCACCAUGUGUGGCCACAAUGUUGUAGAUUAUUAAAAAGAUUAAGAUUAUUAAGAUUAUAUUUUCACACAAGUGGAAUGAGGCACAGAGUGCAGAGUCACUACUAUACAUGUGAAAUGUAGACUCGGGAUAUCCCCCCUGAAGUUUGGAGCUGAGAUGUUGCUUUGCUGUUAGAGACAGCACCAAAUGCAAUAUUAUUGUUACUUAUUAUCAUUUUUUGUUGGGAGAUGGGAAAAUAAAUAUCAAAGUAAUAUCACUUCACCAAUAGGAAGUGUUUCUUUUUUUCUUUUGACGAUUUAGCAUCUCCACAAUAUCAGGGCAUCAGGCCGUAUCGGAGACUUGCUCAUAUUUUUGCGAUACGUUUGAACACCUGUCCCUUUUUUAUAUUUGAAUUUGAGUUAUGACUUCAGUGAAGUCUCUUGAAAUGAGGAUGUUGCGACUGUUUGCAGUUGUUGAGAUGAAAGGUGUCUGUUUUCUUUGCGGUCUUGUGGGCUUUGAUCCUUUCACAUGAGUAUUGUUGUCGUAUGUGGCCGUAUUAUUCUCAAAGAAUGCUGUAUUACUUCAGGAGAGAUUGAAUUUCGACUCACAACAGAAAGUGCAAAAGUAGGUAAGCAACUUCACAGGCCCUCUGCCACAUCACCACAUUUCUGAGGGCCUACAAUAUCAAUCCUAUUGUCAAUACCACAUAGGUGGUAUUUAUACCCUUGUUGAGCAUUAAUGUGUAUUAGUGUUGGUAAAAUGUCGAAGAGAAUUGUCCUGGAGUUGUAAAAUGGUGUAAAGAGUGGUAAACAUAUUCUUAACCAAUUUCUGUAACAGUAAUCCGGUGUGGGAAAAAUGACCACAACAGGCAUGAUUUGUUACUUUGUGCCUAUGCUGAAUUUAGCUGUAGGCUUUAUUCACCUUUUUUUUUUUUUAAUUAAAGCACAACUGUAAAUAUA